AAAUCCAUUUGUUCCCUAGGUUUCCUCAGCUUGUUAAUCUCACUCCAGAACUUUUUCUUAUUUUCAACAAAAUUGGUUGACAACAUCUCGCCCACUCUCUCAUUUGCUCUCGUUUUACAUUGCUUCACCACUCUCUUAACCUCUCUUUUUUUUCUCCAUAUACUCUUCCCUCCUUGCAUUAUUUCUACUUUGUAAAAACCUCUCAUAUGCUAACUUUUUCUCCCUUACUACUCUCUUUACAUCAUCAUUCCACCAAUCGCUCUUUGAGAUGCUAAGCAAAUGUGUAGGAAACUUUGAACCAAGUGAGAGAGUAAUUGUGGUAGGGGACCUAAAUGCUAAAGUAGGAGAAACAUUUCGAGAGGUUGUGGUAGGUAAGUUUGGGGUGCCAGGUGUAAAUGAUAAUGGGAGCCCUUUGAUUGAACUUUGUAUAGAAAGAGGUUUAGUUAUAGGUAAUACAUAUUUUAAGAAAGAGGAUAAAUAAGUAUACAAGAUAUGAUGUAGGGCAUAAUGACAGUAGUUUGUUGGACUACAUAUUGGUAGAUAAAAGACUGUUGAGUAAACUUCAGCAUAUACAUGUUUAUAGAGGAGCCACAAAUAUAUCAGAUCACUUCUUAGUUCUAGCCACAGUGAGAGUAAAAGGUAGAUGGGAUACAAGGAAAAUAGAAGCAUCAAGUAAGAGAGAGGUGAAGGUUUAUAAACUAAAAGAGGAGGCAGUUAGGGUAAGAUAUAACAACUCUUGGAGGAUAGAUGGACUUAUGAGAGUAUAGGCAAUGGGGUAAAAGAUAUAUGGGGUAGGUUUAAGAAUGUAGUGUUAGAGUGUUCAGUAGAAGUUUGUGGUUACAAGAAAGUGGGUGCGGGAGGGAAGAAGAGCGAUUGGUGGUAUUAGGAUUAGUCUGCCCAAAAUGCCCCGGCAUGAUAGUGGCUAUCUUUGUACUUAGCAAAUCAAAAUUAUAAUUACACAUUGUAACCUUUACAAAGAAAUAAACUUUAUCUUAUCUUAUCUAAGCAAUAGAGCUAGGCUUAAAAACUGCAUAUAUGUAUAGUACAUACAUUAAUUGACAUUAAUUGAAUUUGAAUUGCCUUAAAAUAUUUUCAUCCUUAGCUCAUAGUGAGUGGUGAAUAUAUUUAUUGUAGGAAGUCUGAAUAGAUAAACAAUGGGUAUAAUUGAAAACUGCUGCAUUAGCAAAAUGUUGUAAAGUGAAGCACUGUAAAGCUGGGCCAGUCUAUGCAUAGUACCAGAUGAGACCCAAACUUUUAAAAAAUUGUGGUAUAUAAAAGGAUCUGCUGUUUAAGAAUGGUGUGUUUGAAAAUUGGAAAUGAUAUGCUCUUCUCAUGUUUUGGAAAUUGCUCAUUAUCAUUGCAAUAUAUGCACUUGAAUAGCUAAUCCUUAAACUAUAUAGUGUUAUUCUGUAGUAUUGGUGGGAACUGUUAAACUUAUUUAGCUAACAUUAUGAGAGAGAUAGUCCCAGGAUCCAUUAUGUUCCUUCAUAUCUUUUGAUUACCUUCCACAGAAUGAUACAAAGAAAUGUCCAAAAUUAUUUUUUUUUACCAUUGAUGGAGUAGCAAAAUUCCCAGAGGCAACAAUUUAAAGAUUAAGUUGAUAGUACAUUAAAUCUACAUAGAAAAAGAUUUCUAUGUAAAUUUAACUGGGGCUCUUUUGCAUGCAUUGAAGUAGCACAUGCAUUCAUAUGUAUAAAUAUUCACUUUUUUUUAUAUAUUUUGGUGCCUCUGUAUUGUAAAUUGUUAUUAACUGUCUGUAUCUUUUAGGCACUUAACAUUGGAGGAGUGAACUCCAGUGAACCGGAAGUUGUUUCCCUAACCACUCGUCUCACCAAGAAGAGAGAGAUGAACGAGGUGGUUCGAGACAUUGGCAUAUAUUGUUUGUUCUUAGUGGUGCUCUAUGUUCUUGUCAAUGGAUCUACUGACCCUAAUGCUUUCCUCCAGCAAAAUUCAUUGGUGAAUUCCUUCAUCACUAGUGGGGAUAACACACUUGACUACAGUCAAGAGGUUACAACAACUGACAAAUAUUGGUACUGGGUACAAAAUGUGUUAUUACAGAAUCUUCGCGCCCAGCGAUGGUAUAAUGAUGAUCCUCCAUAUGGUCUCAGAGGAUUUCUAGAUGACCGAGUUAAUAGGAUUAUUGGUUAUGCAAUAAUUCGCCAAAUAAGAAGUGACCCACGAACAUGUCGAGUUGCCUAUAGCAUGAGAAACUUUGUGAGAAAUUGCUCAGGAAGUCGAGCAUAUGGCACUGAGGACACUAGAAAUUUCUGUAAUGGGUGGUCAGUAGAGGAAAAGGUCCCGGGUACAUGCACAUACGAUCAGUUCCGUUAUAAGACAGAAACAGAGCUGCAGACGUAUUCCACAAGGGGCUUGCUGGGUACCUAUGGUGGUGGUGGCUAUGUAAUACAGUUGGACAAUCUUGAAACAGAAGACAUAGCACAACUACAGACUAUGCAAAGUUUGGGGUGGAUUGAUAAGUACACUCGUGCAGUGAUGCUGGAAUUUUCAACCUAUAAUGUAAAUGUAAACCUCUUUACUAUAUGCAGAAUUGUUGCAGAGUUUAAUGAAGGUGGAGGUGUAUACACUUCAUGGAGAUUUGACCCUAUUCAGCUCCUGUCAACUGGGGGAAGUUUUGGAUUUAUCUUGUCUGUCUGUCAAAUAAUUUUUGUUGCUACUACAGUCAUGUCUACUUUAUGGCAGGUCUGGAAGAUAAAAAAAAUGAAAUGUGAAUAUUUUGCAUCAUAUUGGCAUAUUGCUGAGAUUUGCAUUAUUUUAACAUCCUAUGCUACAAUUGCUAUUUAUAUUUACCAAUAUUUUUUGAUCAGAGAUGCAUUGGCAAUAUUUAAUAGCACAUUUGGCAAUGGCUAUGUCAGGAUGGAUGCAGCAGCACUCUACAGUCAGGUAUAUCUCUACUCAUUGGCCAUCAUAGUAUUUUUCUCUACUCUGAAGCUUAUCAAGCUACUGCAGUUUAAUAAGAGGAUAGACCAACUGGCCCUUGCCAUUGAGAACUGUUGGAAUGAGCUUGCCACUUUCUUUAUAGCAUUUGGUAUUGUUUUCUUUGCUUUCUGCUGCUUGUUCCACUUCAUAUUCAUGGGAUGUCUAGAAGAUUACUCCAGGUUGGUCACUGCAGUUGAAUCCACUUUCGCAAUGCUGUUAGGAAAGUUAGAUCUUUCAGAGAUGGUUCAAGUCAAUCCCAUUGCUCCAAUAUUGUACUUUGCUUUUUCUGUUAUGAACACAAUAGUGCUGGUCAACAUCAUGCUCACCAUCAUUAUGGUGACUUUCACCCUAACUAAAUCGGACUUUGAAUCCCGGGAAAAUAAGUAUGAUAUUAUUAACUUCAUAUGGUCAAGAGUACGUCAGAAUCUGAGGCUAGAAAGAGAACCAGAUGCCAGUGUGAUCCCUAAUGUACAGGAUGAGUCGCAGAACAGCGCCACCUCAGAUGAUUCUAUUGCGGAUGAACUCCCAGAUAAGGUGAGUCAGUUGAUGAAAUACAUCAGUGAUGUAUAUUUUGAUGGGCAACUUAACCUCAAUGACCCAGAAGCUGUGAAGCAGAUUGUUCAAGGCAGAUUACCUUCAAACUCCUUGCAGUCAUACACAAGGAAGUUCCAAAAUGCAGGACAAAAAUCUGUUCCCUCUAGUGACUAAUGGUUAUAUUUUACAAAAGGUUGUGACAUGAACUAUAUUUUCAGUUGACUGACAUUAAUAUAUCACAAUACUACAGCUGGAACCAAUUAGAAAUUAAAAUUGGACAUUUUGGUAUAUCUGAACCAUAAUGAAAUUACUUAGAGAUAUGAAUAAUUAGUAUACAUAUGUUCAUGAGUCAUAUAAUGUUAAGGGAAUGAAUAGCUUUGAUCUGAAGGGGACGGUAGCUCUAAUUCUUUGGAUCAAGAGCCUUUCAUACAUUUCAAAGCACCCUCCUCAUUAUUAUUAUUGUUAUUGAACUAACUUCACAAAAAACACUAAAUUCUUGUGUACUGAAGGUUAGAGCCUUUAACGAUGCUUGUUUGUGUGUUUAUCUCAUAAUACAUCGGCAAAAUGCUUUAAUCUUCAGAAUACAAGACUUAACCAAAAUAUAUACAUCAAGAAAUGUAUUUCUCUUAGCCUAUAUAUGCAGAGAUUACUUGAUUUUUAUUUUAGGGAUUAAAGUAUUCUUACCUAGUAGUGAAACAGUUAUGCGUGUGUAGUAGAAGAUAGUCUUUAAACCCCCAUUAACCAACCUUACUUAACUUGACCAUGACCUUUACUGUCUUAAUGUCAUGGUCCCUUGACCUUUCUCUUAAAUUCCUUCUUAAUUGUUUAUUAUUAUUACUAAGCUGUGAACCAACAAGGAUCAUACAAAUCCUCACUAUUAUUAUAAUCACAACAAAGUGCUAAACCCUUAAGGGUUAUGCAGCUUUGCUACAGCUGCUCAGUUGUGGCUUGAUAAGUUCAUAUUGAUGCAAAACUAGUUCUUGUUUUUGCCUAACGUGUUUGAAAAGUAUCAGAGUAUAGUGUUAUAGUUAUGGGGAAGCACUAAACCCAUAAGGGUCAUGUAGUGACUGGAGAACAAGAGGUAAUCAGGACUUAUCUUCAAGGUCAGCUCUGUCACCAUCAAGGUGCCGCUAAUGUAUAAUCAUGGCAUCAAUGUAGCUUCUAAUUAUCAUCAAGGACCCCAAAUUAAAUAAAUCACUGACUUUUUUUGGUUAUGCUAGGUAAUCUGCAUGUGUGCUGCUAUUUUUUUUUUCUUUAACAUGUCGGCUGUCUCCCACCAAGGCAGGGUGACCCAAAAAGAAAGAAAACACUUUCACCAUCAUUCACACAUAAUCACUGUCUUUGCAGAGGCACUCAGAUACGACAAUUUAGAUGUCACUCCAAACAGUCAGUAUCCCAAACCCCUCCUUUAAAUUUAAGUGCAGGCAUUGUACUUCCCACUUCUAGGACUCAAGUCCAGCUCACCAGUUUCCCUGAACCCUUUCACAAAAUAUUACCCUGCUCACACUCCAACAGCUUGGCAGGUCCCAGAAACCAUUUGUUUCCAUUCACUCCUGUCUAACACACCUAAUUUGCACACUAUGAAUUCUCUGUAUAAUAUUUACACCACACAUUGCCCUUAGACACGACAUCUCCAUACCCUCCAGCCACCUCCUUGCUGCAGCAUUAUAACCCGUACUGCUAUGUAUGAUAAUUUAUGUAACUGUACUUACGUAUGCCUAUACCUGAAUAAACUUACUAAUCCCUUCACUAGAAGUACCUUGAUGCCAGCAAAGGGUUCUUGAACCGAGGGAUUUCAUUUAUUCUCUUUGUCCCUGAACUGACCCUAGGUGCUCUAUGACCCAUAUGGAUGUACUGCUUCACAUGAAUUUAAUAAUAAUGCUUAUCAUUAAUAUAUACAUAUACUUGUGUGUUUUGGAUUUGAAUAUGUAAAAGUAUGCAUGCAUACAUAUAUGCAAACAUGCAUACAUAAUUGCACAUACACAUAUGUGCACACUUGUUUAUUUUGGGUUUCUUAGUAGCAGUGCAAGUGAUUGUUAUUAAGAGCAUGGGCUUAAGAGUGAAGGGCCCUUGUAGGUUUAGUACUUCUUUUUUAUAUUAUAAUUAAGAGUGAGUAGUAUAGUAGUAGGUUGGUAGACAGCAACCACCCAGGGAAGUACUACCGUCCUGCCAGAUGACUGUGAAACAAAAACCUGUAACUGUUUUGCAUGAUGGUAGGAUUGCUGGUUUCUUUUUCUGUCUCAUAAACACGCUAAGAUAACAGGGAUAUCUUGCUACUCCUACUUACACUUUGGUCACACUUCACAGACACGCACAUGCAUAUAUAUAUAUACAUACAUCUAGGUUUUUCUCCUUUUUCUAAAUAGCUCUUGUUCUUUUUUAUUUCUUCUAUUGUCCAUGGGGAAGUGGAAAAGAAUCUUUC